AUGAAGCACUUCUGCGCUGCUCUAUCUGUGGGAGCAUCCCUAUUCGGGGCGCUGCUCUUCGGCCUGUCUCUAGGCUUUUCUGGACCGGCGAUUGAUACUAUGAAAGACAGUGUAACAACGCCCGAUGGGGAUCAUGUUCCGAUCGGUGCGGGAUCCGACCUUUUCGUCUUUCGUACCAGUAACGAGGCUUCCCUCUUCGGUUCCCUGAUCAAUAUCGGUGCAAUCAUCGGCUCGCUGACUGGCGGGCCUGUUAAUCAUAAGUUUGGUAGUAAAUGGAGCCUCAUAGGGGCUUCCCCUCUAUUCCUCUUGGCCUUCUUAUGGAUUGGUCUGGCCCGUACAGCCUGGCAGCUGAUCGUAGCUCGUGGCGUUGUGGGAAUUGCCCUCGGUCUAAGCUCUUUCAGUGUCCCUACUUAUAUUGGUGAGAUUUCUCCUACCAAGUACCGUGGCCUGUUCGGAGCUUGCAACCAGCUUGGCAUUACUAUUGGCAUCCUGCUGGCGUAUCUCCUCGGGUUGGCCUUCCGCACUCAAGCGGAAUCACUCGAUCCAAAUGCCACAUCUAGAACAUUCUGUAAUUGGAGGAUCCUUAGCUUCGUCUACAUCAUUCCAGCGGCACUUCUUGGGAUAUGCAUGUUCUUUGUUCCGGAAUCCCCACGCCGACUGGCUGAAAACUCCCGUAACGAAGAAGCCAAGGCUAUCGUUAUCAAACUACGUGGAGGCGACGAGAAUGAUCCCGUGGUGAAGGCUGAGCUCAUGGCCCUUGACGCUAUCACGUCUGCGAAGGCUAACGAGGCUAACGAGAAAGGUUCUGUCAUGAAAUCCUUGAGAGCUUUGAAUGAAUGUAGAAUGCAGCUCUUCAUUGGUAUCAUGUUGCAAGUACUGCAACAGUUCUCUGGUGUCAACGCUAUUAUUUUCUACCAGACCUCUAUCUUCCAAGCUGCAGGUAUCGAUAACCGCAAUGAAGUGGCACUGAGUGUUAUGGCCGUACAAGUCGGCGUAACUAUCGUCGCUGUAUUGGUUGUUGAUAAGCUUGGUAGGAGAGUCCUCCUCGUCACCGCGGCCUCGGGCAUGUGCAUCAGCGCAAUAUGCGAAGGUAUAUUCUUCUAUCUGAAUGAUGUCUCUGGUAACGAGAAUGUCGGAUGGUUGGCAAUUACUGCAGCCUACGGCUACAUUGCGACCUUCUCCCUUGGUGUUGGUGCUAUACCAUGGCUUAUCAUGGCUGAAAUAUUUCCCGACAAAGUCAGGGGUCUGGCUGCUUCUAUCGCUACUAUGACCAACUGGCUUUGCUCUUUCAUCGUCACUCAGUUCCUGGAUCAACUCAGGGGCGCUAUAACUUUUUAUGGAGUCUUCUGGCUCUUCGCUGGAAUGUGUCUCAUAAUGGUAUUGUUUGUCCUAUUUAUGGUCCCGGAAACGAAAGGGAAGACAUUUGAGGAAAUCCAGGCGUACUUUUAUUACAGAAAGCACGCCCGCGCAGGCGUUGACAAUCAACCGUCGGCUGUUCCGAAUCCUCCUACAAAAUAG